UCAGUCGGCAGUCAGUUACUCGGCUACGUUUGACGGUGUCGGGUGUUCUUGCCGCUGUCUCGAUCGCGCUGCGCGCCUACAGCGAGUAUUCCCGCUUGUUUUCGCACGGCCGUUGACACGCGCCGUUUAGAUUCGUCGACCGAAAGUAACGCAGGAUAACGCAUCCUCGACGAGAUUCAAGUCCGCGCGGACAGAUCAAGCGAGAAAUAUCCCGAGUGCUACUCUCCCCUGCGAUUUCGACUCGCGCGCGAAAUUGUUUGGAUUAAAUAAAAAGAUUUGUCGACCAGCACACGCCGAAAACGCGGAAAACACGAUGCUUCGACAGAGGAACUGUCACUUCGCCCUGGGAUUGCUCGGCUGCGUCCUUUUGUUGUCAACUACUACCGCGGACAAUAGCGUCCACGUACUAUCCAAGUACGGUCAUCAGCCGCUGACCUCGACCACCCUAAAGUGGCUGCCGGUGGCGCACUACAACCCGAACGAAUCGAAGGAGAUCGUCAUCGGGGGCUUCGAGCUAUCAGAUGGCGAAGACGAAACUUACGCCAAUCAAGCGGAGAAACCGGAAGCGAGGAAACGGUCGCUUUAUGUAUGUCGCGCGAUACACAGCAGCGUCUGGGUGGCCGGCACCCAGAAGGACAAAGAGAGGCGUUGCACGGUGACGAUACACGGCGCCGUGGAGUCGUACGAGAAGUAUGAACUGCUGGAGAACAUCGACGGGGCCGCGCGAAUCGCGUGGGUCCACUGGGAUAAGUAUCUGCAGCCUCAUCACCUGGGCGCGGUGUACGUCGGGGACAAGAUGCUGAUUGCCCGACACGCAGACGAGAACAAGGAACCGCAAUACACCCACUACAUCGGCACGCUCAACUCCAUCGACAACUUCGGCACCAUCAUCUACGUCAACGAGAACCGUAAGGAGGAAUCGGCAAAAUUCGGCGACCUGUUGGUGGAAACCGAGCCGAUUCGUUACGAGCUGAGCGCCGUUAAGCUCAACUGGCCUAAGAAGCGCGAUAUUAAGCCACGCAUAUCACGCAUACUUAGCAACGUGACGAUCACCAAUCAAGGAACGGAAUCGGCAAACUUAGCGGAAGCUUGCACAUACACGUACAAGCACAUAAUCUACUGGGGUCGUAGACACGCCAUCCUUAACGGACUGAGCACUACGAUUACGCUGGCUAACGGCACGUCCUUGCCGAACAUAACGUGGGGCACACGCGACGAGGCGACUCGCACAGAAGCCUACAACGUGCUAGUCUUCCUGGAACCCGGGACGGGCGUGAACGUGACUCUGAGGGCCAACGAGACGGACAUCGAGGUGCCGUACACCGCGACGUUGAUCUCGCACUACGAAGACGGCGCGACGAUGUCACGCGUGAUCAGCGGUACCCGACAAGAGGAGACCCUUCUGGAUAUCGCGGUGGAAUUCGGACCCGUCUACUUCCUCAGCAAUUACAGCGUGGUGCCGACCACCGUGCCGCCGCCUACGACGACUACCGAACCGCCGACCACGACGAUGAUCCCGACGUCGACGACAGCGGCAGCGACAACGACGGUGCAGCCGCAGGAGACGACGCACCGACCGGGGCACCAACUGGGCAACAACGCGGCAGACGCAAUGGAUCACGACGAGAAUCUGAUCGUCCCACCGAAGAAGACGGACAUGUCCGGUAUGCAGAACGAUGACGACGGCGGGCCUUUGUCGCUGAAGAACAAGGGAGACAUGUAUUCCGGGGUCGCGUGCGCAAAGUCGAGCUUGUUGGCGCUCGUCGCCCCGUCGAUGCUACUACUGAUUCUCCAUAGAAUCACGUGAAGAUCAUUCGAGUAUUCGCGCGUCGCCGCCGCCCUCCUCUAACGUUAAUUCCUAUAAAUUCCCCCGCAAUAGUAAUAUAUAACAAUAUAACCCAGUAGACGUACCGAACGAAACAAAAAAAAAG